UUUUCGAGCGGUGGAUGUACAAAAGCGAGAGAGUACAUUCGAAGAGAAAGACCUUAUGCGAGAUAUCAAAUGUAAAUGCAACUCGACUGAAAAGAAGAAUGAUAAGAAGUGAUAUCGUAUCUCAAAGCGACAUAUCUAUCGUGAAAAGGAAGAGGUACCGAGUGUAAAAACAAUAAUAGAAGCACGUGAUUGAUCGCCUUUCUCAGCUGAACAAAUUGGUAAAACCGGUGUAAGCGGUAUUUGAUGACAACGUGUUUGUAUAGACUCGACUAAUUAAAUCACUUCGAUGGGGGGAGGAAAACGUCCGGUCCGCGGUGGCAAAAGGAAAUUCGACGGACGCAACAAGCGUCCGCCGAAACCGAAAAAAGGUAAAUUCAACCUUAGGACAUCGUCUUACAUCAAAGAGCGUGAGGCAAGGAAUGAGGAGCUUGAGGCCCGCAGGCAAAUAGCAGAGCAGGAGGCAGCAAGAGCGCGUCUCUCUCAAAUUUCAGAAUAUGACAGUUCUGAGCCUGAAGAUCCUAUGGAAUCCCUGUUAGCAACGUUUCCAGGUUAUAAGAAGCCACAGGCAAUCAGUUCAGAAAGUGAAAGUUCUGAUGAAGUAUCCAAUGCAGAGGAUAUAGUUGAAAGUGAUAUCGUUGAAGAAGAGGUUGGCGAAGAAUCUGGAACAACUGAUGAAGAAUCUAGAACAACUGAUGAAGAAUCUUCCCCUAAUAAGAGAACAAAGAAAUCAAGAAAAAGGAAACAAAAAGAAAAUGAGGAAGAAAACAAGAUUGAGGUUCAAGUGAAAGAAGAUGAUGAAGAGGAUAUCGAGACUGCUCAAGAGGACGCUGGUUACCUAAAAGACCCGUUCUCUGUACAUCUGCGCAAUGACUUGGACGAUAAACUUUACAGCGCAGUGAGUGUAACACCACAGAUCAUAGAAACAACAAAGUUGUCGUGGCCUAAACUUGGAAAUCUAGUAUGUGAGAUCCCAAAACCUAAUGUGGACAAUGAUACAAAUAAGGAGAUAGCGACCAAGCUGUUGGACGAAAAUAAGCAGUAUGCGAGUUAUGGUAGAAUCCCAAGUUUGAUCAAAGUUGUUGAUUGGAAUAAAUUGCAUGUGAAGACGCAGAUUCACAAUAAUAUUACUAAAGCUAAUCACAACAAAGAAGAUACUAAGGACAACACGGAAAUUAAACCUUCCACAUCUUUGACUCCUCUUCAGCGGGAAUUGUUUUCGAUAAUAAAUAAUUAUCAGGAUUUAUAUUAUCCAGAGAGAAACUUCUCAAAUGCCAACCAGAUACGCUUUGUGUAUUGCUUACAUGCAAUCAAUCAUGUAUUAAAGACUAGAACAAAAAUACUGCAUCAUAAUGCAAAGCUAGCAAAGUUUGAUGGAUCGACCCCAGAUGAGUACAGAGAUCAAGGCAUAGUGAGGCCCAAGGUGCUCAUAAUAGUGCCAUUCAGACAUUCUUGCUUGAAAAUAGUCGAAAUGUUGAUCUCAAUUUUAAUUGGGGAGGACAAAGGUGGCUCGGUUAUGAACAAACUACGAUUCAAGGAGGAUUUUACUGGGAAUGAGUUGGCGAUACCGAAGAAAAAUCCUAAACCGAAGGAUUACGAGCUGACUUUCCAGGGUAACAUUGACGACACGUUCAAUAUAGGCAUAGCCAUCACAAAGAAGACGCUCAAGUUGUACAGCAAAUUCUACUCCUCCGACAUUAUAAUUGCCUCGCCGUUGGCACUCAGACGAUUGAUAGGGGCGGAAGGUGAAGCCGAGAGAGACUACGAUUUCUUGGCGUCCAUAGAACUGCUGAUCAUGGACCAGGUUGAGUUGAUUACCAUGCAAAAUUGGGAUCAUCUGCACCACAUCUUGAAGCAUCUGAACCUGCAGCCCAAAAAGAUGCAUGACACCGAUAUUUUUCGUCUGAGAACCUGGUGCCUGAACGGUUGGACCAAGUACUAUAGGCAGACGUUGAUCUUUUCCGGCAUGGAGUUGCCGCACAUAAACGGGGCGUUGAGGAAAACUUGCUUUAAUUAUGCGGGCAGAGUUAGAGUGGUGAAUCCAGUGGAGCCGGGCUCGAUUUGCGACGUGGACGUCACGAUUCCGCAAGCAUUCUACAAAUUCGACGCGUCCGAUCGUGUGCAGGCUAUAAACGGCAGGAUGGAGUUCUUCCUGAAAGAGGUGCUGCCGGAAUAUAAGGAUUCCUUGUACAAGAAUCAUACGUUGAUCUUCGUGCCGUCCUAUUACGACUUCGUCUCGUUGCGUUACUACAUGAUGAAGGAGGAUCUGAGCUUCGCGCAGAUAUGCGAGUACACGGAAGAUGCGAAAGUCGCCAAAGCGAGAGACAUGUUCUUCCACAGCGAUGUGCACUUCCUACUUUACACGGAGCGCUUUCACUUUCAUCGCAGACCUAGGAUAAAAGGUAUCCGACACCUCAUAUUCUAUCAGCUGCCCAUCUUUCCACAAUUCUACAGUGAGAUGUGCAAUCUGAUGUCGGCGGAUUAUCAGAAUCCGCGUGGUGGUUCCAAGUAUAAUAUGUCAGUAGCUGUCAUAUACAACAAGUUCGAUUGCUACGAGCUUGCUAGAGUUGUGGGUGAGAAAAAGGCUAUUAAAAUGAUCAAUUCGGAAUUGAAGUAUCAUAAACUCACGUGCUCGAGCACGUGACGAAGUGUAAGUGCUUAGAUGAAAAUUAAAGAACGUGAAAAUUAAAGAACUUUGACAUUCAACUUUUAUCCAUGAAUUUUUUCCAUCAGUUUAGAGCUGAUAUUCUUUUUUAUAUAUAUAAAAAAAGAAGUAAGUUUUGAAUUUUAGGCACAUAAUAGAUUUCAGAUACUUCAAAGGGAACGACGAGUUACCUAGAUUUUAUGUAUACUAGAACACCACAUAGCGCGCGCCACUUUAGUCUUUUUGUUAUACUAUUUACAAUUUAUAUUACAAUAAUCAUUUUUACAAAUUAUAUUCCCAGCAAACACAA